AAACGUGUUUGUUCAUCUUGAUUUCCUUAUUUACAAUAAAUCUUCUCAGCCGAAUUAUAUUUAAACGUCUGUAAUUCAGGGAUGAAUGGCCAGGCAGAGCUAGAUGUGGAUUACAAGCGGAAGUAUAAAAACCUCAAGCGUAAACUAAAGUUUUUGGUUUAUGAGCAAGAAUGUUUUCAAGAGGAGCUCAGGAGAGCCCAGAGAAAGCUGCUCAAGGUUUCCAGAGACAAAAGUUUUCUACUGGACAGAUUGCUACAGUAUGAGCGAGUAGAUGAGGACUCGUCGGAUUCAGAUGCCACAGCUUCGUCAGAUAGUGAGGCAGAGGUACAGAGAGAGCAGGAACGAGAACCAGUCAAGAAAAGACGGAGUCCAGGAGUUCCCUCCUUCUCGUCAUCCUCAUCCCAGCAUCUCUCCGGAGCAAAAGCUCUUCAGUCCACAGCUCCCGCUCAGUAUCUAAACACGUUACCCUUUCCUCCUGACUAUUUGGCUCCCUCUGCUGAGCGAGUGAAGAAAGACAGAAAACCAAAACCAGCCAAACCGAGAAAAGAGCCUGCAGGAAAGGUUGUGCCUCCUUUAGCAUCUAACUACCCAGCAGGUGGUGCGCCUGGUGCGGGUUCAUUCAGCUGGGUCCCGCGGCAAAUGCUGAGUGGAGAUGCAGCGGAGGAGGACGAAGACAGCGAAGGAGAAAGCGAUGGAGGAGAUGAGGAGAGAGGAGAAGUAGACGAUGCAGAACUGGUUAUUGACAUUCCUAAUGAGUGAUGGUGAACUGAACAACCUUACUCUGCCAAAUAUUAGUCGAAAUAUUACACCGUUAUUACGUCUGUGUAAUGAUUGUGUAAUGAAUGAGCCUAGUAAGAGUUCCGACUUUUAAUAUCCAGCGAGGCAAGAAAGAAUGAGCUUCAUGCAUAUAUAGCCAAAAGUAUGUGGACAGGUGUUUUAGCCAUACCCAUUGCUAACAGGUGAAUAAAUAGCUAUUUACUUUCAGCUCUUGUGCACAAGGUGAGGUCCAGAAAUACAUGCUCUGAGGAGUUUAAUGACGAGGGGGGUAGCACUGUCGCCUCACAGCAAGAAGCUCCUGGGUUCGAUCCCCAGGUCCUUUCUGUGUGGAAUUUGCAUGUUCUCCCCGUGUCUGCAUGGGUUUCCUCUGGAAGCUACGAUUUCCUCCCACAGUCCAAAGACUGUGAGUAGACGACUGUGUUUGACGUUAAUCUUAUGAAAUGAUGAAUCUUGUGUAAUGAGUAACUACCAUUUCUGUCAUGAAUGUAACCAAAAUGUAAAACAUGACGUUAAAAUCCUAAUAAAUAAAUAAAUAAUGACGAGGAAUCUAGGCCAGCACAAAACUUCCACCUCAACCCUUUUAAACUUUAAUUUGAUUGUUCACUAUGAGUCAGGCCUUUUCAUCCAGUAUUAACACUUGACCUCACGAAUGUUUUCUUUUUUUUCUAAAUGACCACAAGUUUCCACAGAUACAUUCCAAAAUCCUGUGGAAAAACUCAUGUCAGAAGAGCGGAGGCUGUUACACUUAGGAAUGGUUUUGUUUCAGAUGUCCACAUACUUUUGGCUAUAGAGUGUAUUUCAGUCUGAUGUGAACUUUGGGGCUUACAUUACUUAAGGAAUCAUGAGCAUCUGAUGUCAAUUUCAUAUUGUUUUAUUAAAAAUGUCUAUGUCAGGUCGCUUAGGUGGCGCAGCGGUAAAACAUGCUAGCACACCAGACUCAUCGGUUUGAAACUCAGCUCUGCCAUCCGGCUGGGCUGGGCGCCUACAUGAUCGACGAUUGGCUUGUUGUUCAUACAGGAUGGGUAGCCAGAUAGGGACCUCAUAACUGAUGCAAUUAUGACCUCUGCUGGCUGAUCGAUGGUGCCUGCACAGGGUCAAGGAAUAAUGCGUUAAUCAGGGUGUGGCUCUCUGUACACAAAGCUGAUCCGCAUAUGAACUCCCCUCAUGCAGGUGAAAAGAUGCAGUCGGCUACUGCACACGAGUCGGAGGGGGUGUGUGUCAGUCUCACUUAUUUCAAUCAGAAGUGGAGAUCAGCAUCAGUAGAGAGGAAGCGUAAUGCAGUCAGGUAAUUGGAUACGACUAGAUUGGGAGGAAUGGGAAAAAAAUGCCUGUAUGUCAAUAUUGUUCAUUCAUUUCAUGUUCAUUAAUCACUUUAUCCUGGUCAGGGACGUGUCAAGCCUGGUUCAACGGGGAAACACUGGGUGCAAGGCAGGAAAACCCAGGACAGUGCGCCAAAUCAUCACAGGGCUUCACCAACUCCGCCACCCCUUAGUUAAAGCCAAUUAUGUCUGUGUAGAUGCCCAGCCGGCUGACAGUACUACUGAGAUUUGAAACCCGGGCUAGCAGAAAAGACUGUUGCUCCACGCCCUCCAGCAUGUGGUAAAAUGUCGUGUUGUUAUUCGAUAGGCACUUGCCAUUUGACACUGUGCUAUUUUUUUACCAGCUCCUAUGGCGGAGAUCAUGUAAUAAAAAAAUUAUGAACUUA